CACCUCCGCAGCAGGAAGUCCAGAACCGGAGCUUUAUUUCCUCCUCGCGCCGCCGGUUUUUUCCACCGAGCCGCAGAUAAAAGAGACACGCGCGAGCUGAUGGCAAGACAAACCCACGGAGGGUCACUGAGACACGAACACGCAGAGUGGACAUGAAGCAGAUCCUCGUCCUCGCGCUCUUCCUCGGCCCGGUGUGCUCGUGUAAGAUGUCCCGGUGCUACAACGACACCGAGCUGACCAGAGCGGCGGAGCAGAAGCUCCGGAGCCACUACCCGCAGCCCGCCGAGCAUCUGGCCACCGCUGCCCGGGGAGCGAAGCCGUCCUGCCCGCUGGAGCUCUACCGGCAGCCCGCCUCCAGGGAGCUCAACGUCCGGUCCGUGUCCCCGUGGACCUACGUAACCAGAACCCUGGAGGACCACUUCCCCUCCAGCUACUCCGAGGCCCAGUGCCUGUGUGCCGGCUGCCUGCUGGUGCAGAGGGACGGCUCGGUGCUGGAGAGUUCCGACUACAACUCUCGCAGCGUCAAGCAGAGUCGAGUGUUUCUGAAGCGGGAGCCCUGCGAUAAGGGAGGAUAUUCUCUGAAGCCGGUGACGGUGGAAGUUUCCGUGGGCUGCACCUGCGUUAAAGUGGUCAGCAGGUCGUAGUCGCACCCACACACUGCGGGAUUAUUUAUAUAUUUAUGUAUUUAUUGAGACCAGCUGUGAGCAGCUGCACCAUGUGGAUCCACUGAGGGAUCUCCAGAUUAACGGCUAUCGUAUAGUUCUCUGCUCAGGACGCUUAUUUAUUGCCUCUGACUGUAUUUAUUGAUGCUGUAGCUUUCGUCCCAGUGGGACUUCAACGUCUGGCUUCUUUGAAGCACAAUAAAGAGAUAAGUUGCAUUUUAAAGAUGAAACGCUGAAGUUUGUGUGUUCAAUAGACCCGAAAUCACAAUAAAGAGGCACCAACUGGACACCAAAUAGACACAAAAAGACAUUAAAGAAACACAAAAUGACAAUAAAGAGACACAAAAAGUCACUAAAGAGUCACAAAACUACACAAAAAGACAUUAAAGAGACACAAAACCACAAUAAAGAGACACAAAAUGACACAAAAUCACAAUAAGGGUACAUAAAAUCACAAUAAAGACACACAAAAAGACACCAUCAGACACAAAAAGACAUUAAAGAGACACACAAUCACAAUAAAGAGACACAAAAAGUCACUAAAGAGUCACAAAACUACACAAAAAGACAUUAAAUAGACACAAAAUCACAAUAAAGAGACACAAAAUGAAACAAAAUCACAAUAAGGGUACAUAAAAUCACAAUAAAGACACACAAAAAGACACCAUCAGACACAAAAAGACAUUAAAGAGACACAAAAUCACAAUAAAAAGACACAAAAAGACCAAACAGACAUUCAAGAGACACAAAAUGACACAAAAAGAUACUAAAGGGACACAAAUUUACAUUAAAGAGAUACAAAAUUAGACACAAAAAGUCGCUAAAGAGUUACAAAACUUCACAAAAAGACAUUAAAUAGACAUAAAACGACACAAAAUGACACCAAAUAGACACAAAAAGACAUUAAAGGGACACAAAAUUGCAAUAAAGAGAAACAAAACGACACAAAAUGACAUUAAAGCUACAAAAAAAUCAGACCAAAGAGAUACAAAAAGUCAUUAAAGUAUCAUAAAGCUACACAAAAAGACAUUAAAGAGACACAAAAUCACAAUAAAGAGACACAAAAUGACACAAAAUCACAAUAAGGGUACAUAAAAUCACAAUAAAGACACACAAAAAGACACCAUCAGACACAAAAAGACAUUAAAGAGAAUAAUGCUACAUAAGCUGCUGUAACAAUGUGAAUUUCCGCUGGCGUGGGGAGAAAUAAAGGACUUAUCUUAUAAAAUCACAAUAAAGAGACACACAAAGACACCAUCAGACACAAAAAGACAUUAAAGAGUCACAAAACUACACAAAAAGACAUUAAAGAGACACAAAAUCACAAUAAAGAGACACAAAAUGACACAAAAUCACAAUAAAGACACACAAAAAGACAUCAAACAGACACAAAAAGACAUUAAAGAGACACAAAAUCACAAUAAAAAGACACAAAAAGACCAAACAGACAUUCAAGAGACACAAAAUUACACAAAAAGAUACUAAAGGGACAAAAAUUUACAUUAAAGAGAUACAAAAUUAGACACAAAAAGUCACUAAAGAGUUACAAAACUUCACAAAAAGACAUUAAAUAGACAUAAAAUGACACAAAAUGACACCAAAUAGACACAAAAAGACAUUAAAGGGACACAAAAUCGCAAUAAAGAGAAACAAAACGACACAAAAUGACAUUAAAGCUACAAAAAAAUCAGACCAAAGAGAUACAAAAAGUCAUUAAAGUAUCAUAAAGCUACACAAAAAGACAUUAAACAGACACAAAAUCAGGACAAAGAGACACAAAACUACACAAAUACACACAAAAAGAGAUUAAAUAGAUUCAAAAUCACUAUAAAGAGACACAAAACUACACCAAGUUACACUAAAGAGGCACAAAAUUACAUUCAAGGGACACAAAAUCAGACCAAAGAGACACAAAACUACAAAAUGAUACUGCAAGGACACAAAAUGACACUAAAUACACACAAAACUACCCAGAAGGGCAUUAAAUAGACCCAAAAUCACAAUAAAGAGACACAACUACACAAAAUGAUGCCAAAUAGAGACAAAAAGACAUUAAAGAGACACAAAAUCAGGACAAAGAGACACAAAACUACACAAAUAGACACAAAAAGAGAUUAAAUAGACUCAAAAUCACUAUAAAGAGACACAAAACUACACAAAAUAAUACUAAAGAGACACAAAAUUGCAUUCAAUGGACACAAAAUCAGACCAAGGAGGGUCCGUGUAUAUUUAGGCAGUUGGAUUUUCCGUUCUGAAAAACAAAAAACUAGUGGUUAUUUGA